AUGGUGCUUAUUGAUCUGCUCAAUCACAACAACACAUCGCUCGACUUUAACUGUAUACUCUACCGAUUACCCGUGGACAUAUGGUGGUAUAUGUUCACGAUCUAUGACCUUGACUUACGUCCAUUAGUCUUGGUUUGCAAAUUGAUGCGAAAAAUAGUAGGCAACUUGGUGUUCCGAUCUGUGUACUUCCCUCGUCCAAAUAAACUACGUCUCGCAAAAAGGACAUGGGAUUCGUCGAAACGGAACGUUACUGCCGACAUAUUGUUUAUGCAGAUCGGUAAACCACAUCAAUCCGAUACCGCUUUGGAUAACGUCCAUUUUCGACACAGAAAAAGAUGGAUUGCAUCCUGGAGAACAGCAUCUGGGUUGUUUUCCACUUUCCAUCGUUUGACAGAAAUCGUAUUAGCGGGAGCCGUCCUACCGAGUGACUUUGGCCAAGGCCUUUCCCUGCUAAUACAUCUGCGCAAUUUGGAAAUCAAACGCUGCUGUUGUGAAGGUGUUGCUCACUUCAGUGAUGUGAACCUUCCUCUCAAAAGAUUGCGUCUAGACAUGAUAUGUUGGCACCACCAAAAUCAAGACUUGGACAUAAUUUGUUCAUGUGAAAAACUCGUAUCGUUGUCUGUUGCAUGGCAUAAUACAACCAGCAACGAAUGGGUUUGGAUGGACAAAAACUUACCGACAACUGUGGAAGAAUUAUCGCUGUCUGCUUCUCAAUCAUUCUGGUCAAAUACAUCACCAUUGGAUUCAAACACCAUGAGCUGUUUAUUCACUUUCUUGCAACAAUUUCCCAAUCUCAGAAUUCUUACGCUGCCUAAGGGCAUGGGUUGCAUGAUGCGCAACUCUGACAAACAAUGCUCAUUUGGCUAUAAUAUCGAGCACUACUGUGGACCUAUUAGGUUUCUCCGAUAUAUUGCAUCAAAAUCAACCCUUCUCAUGAAUAUACACCUUGUCAACCAUUGUUUCUACACCAUACGGGUAGAUGAAGAUCUACCUAAUGACUUGGUUGUAGAAAACUUUCAUCUCGAUAUAACCAUUUGGGACAACGAGAGUAUAGAGAUCCUCAUGAAGAGAAUAUCCUCUGUGAAGAGACUAUCUUUAAAAUGGGAUUGGUUACCGAGAAAUAUUGUCAGUGUAAUACCAGCUUAA